GAUUCCAGUGAAGUUUCCAAUAACCCCACUAAGGAUUUCUGCUGUUGCUGAAUACAUAGCUAGAUGAAUGCUUCGUACAUUAUAGUAGUCCUGUAAAGUACCGUUGAAAAGAUGGCAACGGCAAUAUACCUGGAACAUUACCUUGACAGUAUCGAGAAUCUGCCUUGUGAACUACAGAGAAACUUCACAUUAAUGCGGGACCUGGACAAUCGUACUGAAGAAAAAAAAGGAGAGAUUGACAAGCUGGCAGAGGAGUACAUAUCAAGUGUAAGAAACUUGGCUUCGGAACAGAGGGUUGAGCACCUUCAGAAGAUCCAGAGUGCUUACAGCAAGUGCAAAGAGUUUAGCGAUGACAAAGUGCAGCUAGCAAUGCAGACCUACGAAAUGGUGGACAAGCAUAUCCGCAGGUUGGAUGCAGACCUGGCUCGAUUUGAGAAUGAGCUGAAGGAGAAGCUGGAAGUUAGUGGCUAUGAAAGUCCAGAAGGAAGAGGGUUAAAGAAGGGUGAAGGUCGGGGGCUCAGGGAGAAACGAGGACCCAGAGGGAAAGGCAGAAAAUCGUCAGACGAGGAUUCUCCUAGGAAUAAAAAACUCAAAAACAGCCCUGAAUUCAGUGACUCUCUCCUGCCAAUGCAACCAUCAGAUGUUUUGGACAUGCCAGUUGAUCCCAAUGAGCCAACAUACUGCUUGUGCCAUCAAGUGUCAUAUGGAGAAAUGAUUGGAUGUGAUAACCCUGAUUGUCCCAUUGAGUGGUUUCACUUUGCUUGUGUUGAUCUUGCUACAAAGCCCAAAGGAAAAUGGUUUUGCCCACGAUGCACCCAGGAUAAGAAGAAAAAAUGAAAUGUAUAUUACCUAAAAGUACUUUUCUAUAAAUUUGUAUUUUGGUCUAUGUAGUAAAGCAGUGUAAUAUAUUUAUGAAAAAAUUUCCCUUUCAAUUAUGGUUCUGCAUACAUAUUAUAGUCUACAUACAAAGAAUUUAGUCAAAAUACUUAAUGUGAAUUUAAAUGUUUUGUAUUUGACAAAAAAUACAACUGCUGUUGAUUAUUCUUCC